GUAACGCCGGGCGGAGGAGGAGGAGGCGGCGGCGGGGAGAAAGCGGCCCCGCCAGCGGGUAGGGGUUCCCCCCUCCCGCGCCGCCAUGCUGGACCCGGACAGCGGGCUCUCUCUCACCAUAGCGCGGAUCGUCCAGCGGCUGAAGGGCUCCAGCCUCCACUCCCAGCUGGAGCGACAGGCCCGGGUUAGCCUACACAACCCAGAAAUUAAGCUGGAAUCACUAAAAGAAGAUAUUAGGGAUUUUCUGAAGACAUCAGGUUGGGAAAAGAAGCUUCAGAAUGCUGUUUAUAGUGAACUCAACGUGUUUCCUUCGCCCUGUCAUCCUGCGGCACCGCCUGAGCACAUGAAAGAACCAUUAGCUUAUAUGAGGAAAGCCCAGAUUGCAGCCCUGCCUUCCUUGGUCUCAACUGUUAUAGUGAAGGGAAGCUGGGAGAAGCGAAUUCUGAAAAGCCUGAACAGCAUGUGCACAGAGCUCAGUAUCCCGCUGGCGCAGAAGGGAAGCUGGGAGAAGCGAAUUCUGAAAAGCCUGAACAGCAUGUGCACAGAGCUCAGGAAGCUGGGAGAAGCGAAUUCUGAAAAGCCUGAACAGCAUGUGCACAGAGCUCAGUAUCCCGCUGGCGCAGAAGAUCUAAGUCUUUUCCGGCCUGUUUAUGCACCUAAAGAUUUUCUGGAGGUACUGAUGAAUCUUCGAAACCCGAAUUAUGAAAAUGGAGAACAGCCAAGUUUCAGGAAUCAUCUGGGGCUAAUUCAGGUGCCUCUGAAAGUUAAAGAUAUUCCAGAAUUGAAAGAAGACUUCAGUGAAUUGGGCUUGAAUAUAGGCCAGCUGGGUAUUGAUGAUUCAGCACAAGUGCCUCCUGAGUUCUUUGAAAAUGAGCACGUACGUGUUGGACAGAAAGUUUUAGCAGAACAAGACAGCGCUGCAGCUCAACAGUAUGUUCGUCAGGGAUGUCCGACAGCGCUCCGAGCUGAUCUGUGGGCACUCAUUCUCAACAUUUCUAACCAGCCAGAGGAUAUCUUGUACUACGAACAGCUUAAGUCCAAUGUGAUUCAGCAUGACCUUUUAGUGGACAGCCUGAUUUACAAGGAUGUAAAGCUGACAGCAAGCAACGAUGACUACUAUUUUGUGUUUGAAGAUUAUUUAUAUCAGGUAUUACUCUGUUUUUCCCGAGAUACAUCUGUAUUGGAGCACUUUGCUUACAGCAGUGCCACCCCUCCCAAAUCCUAUAUACGAGGCAAACUCGGAAUGGAAGAGUAUGCUGUUUUCUAUCCUCCAAACGGUGUCAUUCCUUUUCAUGGCUUUUCUAUGUACGUUGCUCCACUUUGUUUUCUGUACCAUGAACCUUCCAAAUUGUAUCAGAUAUUCCGUGAGAUGUAUGUGCGUUUUUUCUUCAGACUCCAUUCCAUCUCUUCUCAUCCCUCUGGCAUCGUAUCGCUGUGUUUGCUCUUCGAGACCCUUCUCCAAACCCACCUGCCCCAGCUCUUUUAUCACCUUCGAGAAAUCGGGGCUCAGCCGCUACGGAUUUCAUUUAAAUGGAUGGUACGAGCGUUUUCUGGUUAUUUGGCUACAGAUCAGCUCCUGCUUCUGUGGGACAGAAUCCUGGGAUACAACUCUCUAGAAAUUCUUGCUGUGCUGGCAGCUGCUGUGUUUGCUUUCCGAGCAGUCAACCUGAUGGAGGUGACAUCACUGGCCGCAGCCGAAGCUGUGCUCGCUGACCUUUCAACCCUGAAAGUUAUGCCUCUUCUUCAGAUCUUCUUGUUUGCCACCGUCACUUGAGCUGCUCCGACGACGCUGGUACCACGGUUCCAGGCUGUCGGGAGAAGCUCAUCAUCAACUAUGCAACGUCUGCAUAAAACCAAAAUUAAACUGUAUGUAUAACACUACCUUAGAAAUCAUGACCUUAAGAGCUGAAAAGCCUUUUUUAGCUGAAAAUGGUGAGUUUGCAGAGGAACAUGUGCAGUGCAUGCUACUGAGCUUCCCCCUGAUGGCAACGCGUUGGGAAUGGCUACUUGGGCAAACAAAGGACAUGAAUCAGUGUCUGCAAUGCAUGUAAUGUUAAAUUAAAUAAAAUAACUCUAAUUUGUCCUCUGA